GUUUGGUUCUUGAAAUCAAUAGUCAGUUUGAUGUCACCACACUAAUAUCUAUGGUGUUGUGGUUUGGGAAUUUCAUCACUACCUUAUACACUCUCAUACUGAUGCUGAACGCAUCGCUCCAGUUGCGAUUUAUGUUCUCCUUAUGGUGUAAUGUUUUUUGCUAUUUAUUGUGGCUACUUAUGAUAGUUUGUAUCUAUAGUCGCACCCAAGCCGAGGCUAACAAAACCGCUACAUACAUCCAUGAAAUCUGGAAUCAACAUUCUCAAAAGAAAGAUCUAAACGAAGAAUUGCGCCACUUGCAGUUGAUUGCGUGUAGAUUCUUAAACACUAAGUUGAUUUUCAAUGCGAAGAAUUUCUUUAGAUUGGACGAAACUUUUUUUCAUGUGAUAAUAACUGCAGUUGUGACCUAUUUAAUAAUUUUGAUACAGUUUCGCACCUAGAUUCAUUAUUUCAAGUAAUCUUUCAAAAGAAUCGGAUAACCUUAGAAGCAGAGAUGCAAGUUUGUAAAUUUUUCUACAAAAUACAGUUGAUGUAUUCAAAUAGUAAAACUCCACACGUU